UUGGGCGGCCUGCCGUCCUCCGCGACGUCGAGAAGGGGCUGCCUUGCGUCGCUGCCCUUCGGCACCCGCGGGAAAGCGCCCAACGGUCGGCAGAUUCGAAUACUUCAGCCGGCCCCCGCUCUCCCGAUUGCGCACUGUCUUCCGCGACGGAAAACGUUAUGCUGGUUUUGUCUGUAGCUGCGAUCUGUCGUUUGCGACACUUACCCUCGUCGUUUCCUGGAUGUCCACCAUUGUGUUCUAGCUGUUGCUGUCGUCCAAGUGUGUUUCAUGGCCGACGUCUUUCGGAGGCUGCUGCUGCUGGUGCUCGUCGUCCUCCUGCUCCUGCUAUUAGUUCUCUUCCACGUGUGUUUCGUCGGCAUCGGUCCGUGACGUGGCCGUAGAAGACGGUGUUCGAAGAAGGACGUCAGUAUGGAGGGGCGGCAGGUGAUGUGCAAGUAUGCAGGGGAUCAGGGCAGUGGCCAGCGCGCUGGGCAGAGCCCGCCGAGAACUUCAAGGCCGUCGGAGUGGCCUGGGGAGGUGUGGGCAGAACAGCAAUGGACGCUUCAUCCACGGCGGGAGGAAUCCAUAAGUCGGGGAGUGCAGCGAUUGCGUGUGGGGGACGACGGCAACGGCGGCGACGCACCUGCGGUGGGCGUGGACGAUCACGACUGCAAUGACGACGACUUUGAAGGUGGGGUGGACGACGCCGGCCGCGUAUUGUCAUUGAAGCAGACCACCAUGGGAGGGAGGGGCGGGCAGACGAGGGCGUGCCCUCGCAAUCCUCGUCGGGGGAAAAAAGUGGCGGGGAAGGGGAGCGAUGCCGAAACUGACGGUGAUGUGGAAGGAGGUCGUCAAUUCUGGUCAGCGGAUGACAUGACAGCCCUCAUCCGGGCUAAACGUGACCAGGACGCUUAUCUGCAGGGGAUGGGUACCGCGUUCGGUCGUAUGAAGUCGCGAGAAUGGAAGUGGUUGGAUGUAGAGGAGAGGUUGAAGAAGGUGGGCGUGGACAAAGAAGCCGAACGGUGCGGGAAGAAGUGGGACAAUUUGAUGCAGCAGUUCAAGAAGGUACAUCGCUUCCAAGGCUUGUCGGGGAAACGGGACUUCUUCCAAUUGUCCGGGAAGGAGAGGUUGUCGAAGGGCUUUAAUUUCAACAUGGAUUGUGCCUUUUACGACGAGAUUCUGGCGUCGACCGCCAAGAGCCACACCAUCCACUCGAAGAACGUUGCCGACAGUGGUGCUCCGGGUGGGGUGUGUCUGCCGUCCACCACUUCUGCGGAUCCUGAUUCUGUGGGGGAUGGGGACGAUGCUGCGGGGCACGAGGACGACGACGACGAGUUGACGAGAGGUUCUUCGCAGACGACGGGUAGCCAUGCCGGUUUCGGCAAGAGGAAGAGCACAAGGCAGCAAACUUUCGAAGCGUUGACGGAAUGCAUAGAGAAGCACGGGGCUUUGGAGGCAUCGACGAUGGAGAGCAACAACAAGCGUCAGUGCUCCAUCCAAAUCCGGCAAUGUGAGGCGUUGGAAGUGGAGGUGGAAGUGCAAAAAAAACAUAUGUAGCGUCUCACGAAGUUAGCAAACUGAUGUGUCACGCUCUGCUGGAGAUAGCGAAGGCCAUCCGCGA